AUGGGCUGUGGCGGCAGCUGCUCAUGCACGGCUAUGCAACCUGUCUCCUGGAGUGCUCGGAAGCCUGUGCGCGUCAGUCCAGAAGGUGCCGUACACGCUCCAGGCCAAGCCAUUGACAACCUCUAUGUCAAAGAGCUCAACCUGUAUCUUCAAAAGAUACACAGAAAGCCGGAGAAGUUCAAGAUGGCUGUCCACAUGCGCAAAAUCGAGGCAUGCUUAAGUGAGUGCAGUUCAGAGAACUCAAACCACAAGUCCAAGCGCGGGGAUGAAACCUGUUAUGAUGCAGCUUGGCUCUCCGUCCUUACCGAUGAGAUCAAAGACUGA